AUGUCUGAAACUUGUGUUGAGAACGAUGACAGAUUUGAAGUCAAUUGUGAUGGUAUAAAUAUUAUUAGAACUCUUAGUGUUGAGUCUAUGCUGAAACCUGUUUCCACAGUUGAUUCUGCGUUGCUUAUAUUGAAUCAAGAGAUCGCAAUAGGUCCUUUAUUUCUGAAAUUGUGGUCUCAGUAUGAUUUGAUAGUCUGUGCUGAUGGUGGAGCUAAUAGACUGUUCAAUUAUUUUAAAGAAGAUGAACUUCAAAGACAGAAAUAUAUUCCGGAUUAUAUUAUUGGAGAUUUUGAUUCUUUGGACCUCGAUGUUAAGCAUUAUUACCAGAAUGCCGGAGUUGUCACCAUUAAACAAUCGAGUCAAUAUUCUACAGAUUUUACCAAAUGUGCACAUUUAAUAUCAUUACAUUUUAAUUUACCAGAUUUCAAACUCAUGCUGAAAAGCAGUGACGUUAGUGAGAACCAUGGCAUUGAAGGAGAAAAAGGUAUUCAUACUUUAUAUUAUCAAAUGAAAGAACAACACGACUCGAAACAGUUCAAUAAAAUUUCGUUAUUAGCAUUAGGAGGCAUUGAUGGAAGAUUUGAUCAAACCAUUCAUUCAAUUACACAAUUCUAUACCUUGGAAAAAUCAGAUCCGUACAUCGAUCUGUACUAUUUAACGCCAACCGAUAUCAUCUUCAUGGUACAAGCAGGAGGCAUACUGUUAACAUAUCCAACUUUAUUCAGAGAUACAUGUAUAGGUAAUUGUGGAGUUCUUCCAAUAGCAGCACCUUCUGAAAUAAUAGAAUCAAGAGGACUCAAGUGGGAUGUCUCCAAUUGGAAAACAUCAAUUACUACAGGCCAGGUUAGCAGUAGUAACCGAUUCGCUGGAUUCAAUAAAUGCUAUAUCAAUGUGAAAGAAAAUGUCAUAAUGAACAUUGAAAUUAAACUUCAAAAUUUAACGAACAAUAUAUAA